GGUGGGUUCCAGGCUCGUGCCAUCUUUUGAGCGUCUUAUCCUAUCUAGCAAAACGUUGUUGCACUUAUAAUGCUUACAAUAAACUAUUUAUCAAUAACUCUAAAACUGUUUAUAAACAACUCUACUGCACAGAAAUGGGAGCGUAUCUAUGUUCCCAGGAAAUUGACCCUGGGAACAGGACCCUAGGAUUAAAUAUUGGGAACAGGACCCUGGGAACAUAAGAAUGACCUGCACAUAUAUGUAGCCCAUUGCAGAAGAGAAUAAUGUGAGCGAAAUAAAAAGGUUGUUGGAACUAUGAACCCUAUAGGCUUCUUCUUCUAAUUCUUCUUCUUCUGCUUCUUCUUUGUCUUCUUCUUUUUCUUUCCGUCUCCUCUCCACUCUUCUCUCCCCCUCUCUCAUGCAUUUUUGUUAAAUUCUUCAGCCUUCGUUCUCUUUGUAAAUGCUAAUGUGAACGUGGGCUGUGUGUUACCACCUAAUAACGGGACUAUGGAUUUAUGAUGCACUGCCUCCAUCCCGCUGUUCGAUUCUCGAAGGCUGCAGGGUGUCUUUGGACAAAAGUGUCUAUAUACCUGACCUUUAUACCUUUACCUAAAAUAUCAUCGGUUAGGCAACUUGCCAAACUGCAAGCUUCGCAGGCUAACUAGAUCGUUUUUUCCCCGUUUUUUUUUCUCUGCAGUUGCAGCUUUUUUUCCCCACACACAGACAUUUCCAAGGUAACAGGAGAUGAAGGCGGAGUUAGAAAACUUAACCCAGCGGUUGGGGAGACGCUACUGGAUAGUCCUGGAACAUUCAGAGGAACGUACCCUCCGCUGCCUCCUACCGAGACACAAAAUUGCAUCACUGAAAGGCAGUCUGCAUUCACCUGCUGAGACCACUCACUGCCUUUUCUCCCACAGCACGUCUUCAAUAAAGCAGUGCAACUGUUGAAGUAGUGGAGAUGCCAUGCCUUGUUGACAUAGCCUAUAGUUUCAUUUAGUAACCUUCUUUGAAAGAGUGUGUGUUUUUCAAAGAUGUCAGAAACUUCCUCUGUCCACUCCGGAUCUCUCGUGCCCAGCCAGCGGCUCAUGCAGCUCGCUUUCAGGGGAGAUUGGAUUGUGGUCGAGCAGACAAUUAAAGCGCUUGACAAAGGAGACCCAGAAAUCUUCCAGACAGAUGAGGAGUCAGGAUUAAGUCUGUUUAUAAUUGCGGUGAAAGAGAACCGUGUGGCUGUAGUGGAGAGGUUGCUGGAGAUGGGAGUCAACCCCAGUGAGAAGACCAAGGAUGGUAGGACUUCCCUGCAUAUAGCUGCAGCACACUCCAAGGACGAGAUUGUGAGACUUCUGGCAAGAAAGGCAGACCCCAAUAUCCCUGGAGGGCCUAAAGACCAGCUGCCACUGCACUUCGCUGCCUGCCGACCGACUGGGUCCCAUGGGGCUGUCCACACACUUCUCAAACUCUCCAGCAAGGAUGCCCGUCUUCUUCCAGAUAAGGAUGGCUGCAUUCCAUUUCUUUUGGCUGUUGAAUCGGGGAAUGUUGGAAUCGUUAAGGAGCUGCUUGGAGGUUUAUCAGAGGCCCAGCUGCGAGCCCAGAGAAGUGGAGAUAGAGAUUCGGCCCUCCAUAUCUGUUGUCGGAGAAAAGAUGCAGAGAUGGCCAAGAUCCUGGUGGAGUCUGGGGCCAACAUUGAUGUCCAGAAUGAGGAAGGCCAGACGCCCCUUCACAUCGCUGCCUGGGAGGGAGACGAAGCCACGCUGAAGGUCUUCUACCAGGGCAAGGCCAAUCCAAACAUAGCAGACAAGAUGGAUAGAUCCCCUCUACAUGUUGCCGCUGAACGCGGUCAUACCAACAUCGUGGAGGUGCUGACAGAAAAGUUCAAGUCCAACGUCCUGGCAAGGACCAAGGAUGGCAGCACACUGCUGUAUAUUGCCUCUCAGUGUGGCCAUCCGGAAACUGCCCUGACCUUCUUGAAGAAAGGUGUCCCUCUGCAUAUGCCCAAUAAGUCUGGCGCCGUUUGUCUGCAUGCAGCCGCCAAACGUGGUCACACUGCUGUAGUGAAGGCUCUGCUCCUGAAGGGGGCGCAAGUGGACGGCACCACUAAAGAUGGCCUCACUGCCCUCCACGUGGCUGUGCAGCACUGCAAGCCCCUGGUGGUGCAGAUGCUGCUGGGCUUUGGGGCCAAGGUCCAGCUCAAUGGUGGCAAGGCUCAGGAGACACCUUUGCACAUUGCUGCCCGUGUGAAAGAGGGAGAGAAAGUGGCCGAGAUGCUUCUGAAGAGCGGGGCAGACGUGAACGCUGAGCAGGAGAAUGGGGAAACUGCCAUGCAUGUCGCUGCUCGCCAUGGUAGCCUUCAGAUGCUGAGAGCUCUGAUAGAAGAGGGAGGUGACCUGACAUGGAAAUCUAAGGCAGGAGAGAAUCCCCUCCAUGUUGCUGUCCGUCACUGUCAUGCUCCCAUUGUGGAGGAGAUCCUGAAGUACCUGACCAGCGAGAGAAGCCUUGAGGAGGCGCAGCUCUGUGUCCGGCAGGAGAACCAGAGGGGGGAGACGUCUUUGCACCUGGCCGCAGAGCUCGGGAAGGACAGCGCCCAUGACGACGGGGAGGACGUCCUCAUCAUCAGAACCCUCAUGGAGUACGAUGCCAAUGUGACUGCAACAACAAAAGAGUUAAGGGAGACUCCCCUGCAUUACUGUGCCCGGGUGGGAAACACUGCUGUCCUGCAAGAGAUCCUGCGUGGCGUCGCUGCCAGCUGCCUGCAGAUGGCUGUCAACAAGCACGCCAAGAAUGGCUGGUCGCCACUGCUCCUGGCGGCCGAGCGAGGUCACUUGGAAGUGGUCAGGAUGCUUCUGCAGAACCACGCCAGAGUAGACGUCUUUGAUGAGGAUGGCAAAGCAGCUCUACAUUUGGCAGCUGAGAAUGGUCAUGAAGACAUCGCAGACCUCCUGUUGGCCCAUAAGGCCUUUGUCAAUGCAAAGACCAAACUUGGACUGACUCCAUUGCACUUAGCUGCCCAAAAUGGAUCCACCCAUCUGGUUCGACUCCUGGUGGAGACACACAUGGCCAGCACAGACGCUCUUUCCCUAAACAAACAGACUCCUCUCCAUCUGGCUGCCAUGAGUGGACAACUAGACGUCUGCAGUAGCUUGUUGAAGCUGAGAGCUGACAUCACUGCCACUGAUAUACACGGGCAGACGCCCCUCCACCUGGCUGCGGAGGAUGACCACUCAGAGGUGGUGCAGCUCUUCCUGAAGCACCGCCCGGAGCUGGCCACCCUGGCCAACGUGGGGGGGGCCACCUGCACCCACAUCGCUGCAGCCAAGGGCAGCGGCGCCGUGAUCCGGGAGCUGCUGAAGUUCAACCAAGGGGGCGUGAGCACACUGCACAACAAGGCCAACGGUUCCUGCCCUCUGCAUCUGGCUGCGGCUGGGGGUCAUACAGAGGUUGUGAAGGUCCUUCUGGAAGCGGGAGCCCCAGCAGGAGAUGAGGACGCUGAAGGAAUGACAGCCAUUCACUUAGCUGCCAGGAGUGGGCACAUUCACAUUCUGGACGUUCUGAAGAACAAUGUCUGCCUGAAGAUCAGCAGCUCUAAGACAGGGUUGACAGCUCUGCACGUUGCUGCCUGUUUUGGUCAAGUGGACUUUGUGAGAGAGAUGUUAACCAAGGUGCCUGCCACCAUGCGCAGUGAACGGCCUCACGGCACGCUCAGGAGUGGAGAAGGGGCUCGCAGACAGCAUCACCCCUCAGAGUCAGGAUACACUCCCCUGCAUCUGGCUGCUCAGUCAGGUCAUGAGUGUGUGGUGCGGCUGCUGCUCAACUCUCCCGGAGUGCAAGCGGAUACAGAGACUGACACACAGGGCUCCACUCCCCUCCACCUGGCGGCCCAGAGUGGCCACACGGCAGUGGUGGGUCUGCUCCUCAGCCGGUCUGGCUCACUGCUUCAGCUGAGGGACAAACGUGGACGCACCUGCCUCCACCUGGCCGCCACCAGCGGACACGUGUCCAUGGUGAGGGUGCUUCUGGGCCAGGGGGCAGAGAUCAACCUCACAGACCAGACGGGCUGGACUCCUUUGCACUAUGCUGCUAAGGCGGGGUGCCUGGACAUGGUGCGCUUCCUGGUGGAGAGUGGGGCCUCAGCGCGGGUCGAGUGCCUCCAGGGCCGGACGCCACUGCAGUACGCAGCCGGGGAGAACCACCAGGCUACCGUCAGCUUCCUGCUGUGCAGAGACAACAACAUGCUACACUUACUAGAAGAUAGGAGGUUUGUGUUUGACCUGAUGGUGUGUGGCCGCCUGAACGGGAACCUGGCUCUGGAGGAGCUUGUGCUCCACUCCACCGCCCCUCUGGACACGGCCGUGCGUCUGUCUCGCGCCCUGGGCCUGGCGGCCCUGCGAGAGAAGGAGCGGUCCGUGGACCUCCAGGCGGCAGCGAGGCACUGUGAGGCCCUGGCCUCCGACCUGCUCACCGUAGCCUCGGCUGUCGGAGGCCGGGGAGCCGGAUCCAUCCUGCGGGCGGUAGACCACCGUGGGGCCAGUGUCCUGGACUGCCUGAUCGAGUGCCGGCAGAAGGGCGUGGUGUCGCACCCGGCCGUGCAGAAGUACCUGACGGAGGUGUGGUACGGCAGCCUGCAGUGGGACUCCUGGAGGAUCCUGCUGCUGUUCUUCGGGCUGCUGCUCUGCCCCCCACUCUGGCUGGCGCUCUCCCUGCCCCUCAAGCACAGGUUCAAUACCAUACCCAUUGUGAAGUUCAUGAGCCACCUGGUGUCCCAUCUCUUUCUCCUGGCCCUCUUCAUCCUCACCAUAGUCUUCCCUCCGAUCAACCCCAUCUCUCUGGGCCACUUGGUCCCCGGCUGGUCAGAGUGGCUGCUGCUGGCCUGGCUCUGUGGCAUGGUGGUCUCCGAGCUCACCCACCCCGGAGAGCGGGCUGGGCUAGCCUGGAUCCGCCUCAUGCUCCUGGGCUUCUCGCUGGCGGCCGUCCUCCUGCACCUACUGGCUGUGGUCCUCCAGUGGUGGCCACCCAGCCACCUGCACUGCCUGUUUGCCCGCAACGUCCUGCUGGCGGUGGCCAUGACGCUGGGCUUCAUCCAGCUACUGGAGUUCCUGACCUUCCACCACCUAUUCGGCCCCUGGGCCAUCAUCAUCCGCGACCUGAUGAAGGACCUGGGCCGCUUCGCCGUCAUCUUGGUGCUCUUCCACACGGCCUUUACCAUGAGCCUCACGGCUGUGUACCAGCCUGUGUAUCCGGCAAGUCUCCAGGACGUGGACUCAAACAAUGCCACUGAGAUCUCAGAGCAGGAGCUGAGCCCACUCACCGUCUCAGUGCUGCUCUUCUUCGCCCUCUUCGGCCUCACCGAGCCCGAGUCCAUGCCCGCCCUAGAGCGCUCGCCCCCCGCUGCGGCCGUGGUGGCCAGCCUGGCCUUUGGCAUUUACCUGGUCGUGACGGUCAUCGUGCUGAUCAACCUGCUCAUCGCCAUGAUGAGUGACACCUACCAGCGCAUCCAGGCCCAGUCGGACAUGCAGUGGAAGUUCGGCAGGGCCGUGCUGAUCCGCGACAUGAGCCGCAAGUCCGGAACGCCAUCGCCCUUCAAUCUUUUCACCAACCUCUUCUUCUACGCCAAGAUUAUGUGCAAACACGGUGGUAAAAUAUGCUCCGCAGAGGCUCGAGAUUUGAUGUGUGAGGAGGAGGAUGUGGAGGGUCUGUCGGACACCCGCUCGCUUGAUACGCUGGCGCACUCGUCCGUCAGCUGGAUGCGGGGUAACCGGAGGACACAGGUCAUUCCCGAGGGUAAGUACAGCUCCCUCUCUCUGCCUGGUGGGCAGGUGCGGGUGGAGCAGGUGGUGGACUGGACAGCAGUGGUCCAGCGCUUCCUCGCCCUCCAUGGACAGAGGGAGCAAAAACCCACUGGAGAGAGAGAAGGAAGGACAGUAAUGUGACAAGAUGAGGGAGAAUGUAACUCUAUCUACCACUACACUGCCUUGUUUGGUUCUCAUGUGCUUGUAAUUGCCAUGCCAGUGAUAGUGUUAGCAUAGCAUGUUUAAAGUUUAUUUCUAGUUCUUGCUCACAUUAUUUCCUACAUAAAUCAAAAGAAUGUUUUGUAAAUCAGGGUCAGAAUUUGAAUAGGUCUCAUUGCAAGACAUGUUGUUAUUAAACACCAGUAAUGAACCUAAGUUCAGGUUGACAUUCACAACACUGCCAUUUUUGGCGAGGUCAUUUCCUGUUGCAGUAUUACUUUUAUGAAUGUAUUUAGCAUGCUUCCAACAUUGUAAUGUGUUUUUAACAAGCAGUUAAUUUCAAUUGUAGCAAUUAAGUGUGCACAUUAUUUUACAAGGGACACGCAUCAAACCCGCGUUUAACCCGCACUUAAAGGGAAACUUUGGGAUUUUUCAAAAUGGGCCCUAUUUGGGUCCAAACUUUUUCUAAGGCCAAUUAGCGGUCGAAAUCGGUCCAGUAUUGAGUAAGAACGCUAAAACCAUCAACUGCCUCGUAUUAUGCAAAUGAAUAGCGUAUGUCCACUCUCUCUCACUUAUCCAAUGCUCAGCUAAACAGGCUUUCACUCAUCUGCUCGGUUCUGCUUGGGUUCUGGAUGCACUGACUGCACCAAAUAGCAGUUUGUUCCCAGAAUAAUUCCAAGUAAAAAAAAUCCAUGUAAAAGAUACAAAUUUGAUCUAAUUAACGUUGAAUACCAUGGUUCCCUGAGAUUGACCUAAUAUGCUGUUGCAGUAGUCUAAAAGGUUAAGAUCAUUAUUUGAUACCACCUCUCAAUACAUCGCCUAUGCUAUUGGGAAAAGGAGUAAAAGUAGCCUAGUAAGAAAACCUGGUUUCCAUCCAAAAACUUUCUUUCGUAGAAAAUAGAGCUGACCUCUUCUGCUCCUACAAGUUGCACCUCAGCAAGGACCACAAUGUAACUUAAUGUUUCAGCAAACAUGUUAACUCUCUAGCUUCAAAGCUGCAAAUGUGUUCGAUUAAAUGGUUAAAUGAUUUGAUUAUUACAUUGAAGUUUAAAAUCAUGUUAUGCAUGUUUGAACAUUUUAGUCCAAAAUAAAUUCUCCAGAAUGUAGGCCUAUGUGAGAUGGGCUAUAUCGAUGUCAGUAGAAAUAACAUUUUGUCAUUGUCAUGGAAUCUAAGUGAGCUUAACUCUCCUCCUUUACAGGGUAAAAAUCACGUAGGCUACCCUGAUUAACAAUAUAGCAGUCAGUUCGAAGGAUGUGGUAGGGCAUUUUAAAACACGUAAACAAGCUACAAUUACGUUUCAACUAAUGUAAUUGAUUGGAACAACAGAGGAAGCACUACGGUUUAUUCCUUGUAAACGAUCCAGAACCCACAGCAAGAUGGCCAUCGUCGUACUUUGUAAUCUCGUCUGACGCAUUCAGUUUAAAGGGAUUGCUUAACAAUGCUAUUGGUCGGCUUUAACCAAACUUUUCACCAAAUAACUUUGGCUUGGCUCUGCCCACUUAGUGCCUUUGAUCACACCUUUACCGCUUGUGCAACAGUGUGCAUGCGCUGCCGUUUCCACCAGCCGUUUUGCCACCAAACUAGGGCCUGCAGUCUCAUUUUUAAAUAUUUCGCAGUGUAACUUAGUAUGUGUGACUAAUAUUGUCAUCAUGUGCUCUGCUGUUCACUGACCAUUUAAAUGAACUCCAGCAUCACAGUUAAUUAUGGAGCGCAGCAUUUGACUGUUGAAAUAUUUAGCAGAUCCUUAGAUUAAUACAUAUACUUGCAUUCAGUGUAGGUCCACUGACAGCUAAUAGAGCCUUCAGGAUCUUAGCUUCACUUCUUUUAUCAUGGGUGAGCUGAGUCCUUGUGAACUCCAUGAUGCACAUUUUUACAUUAUGGCUGUAUGAAAUAUCUGUAAAUAUUGUACCUACUCCACUCAACUCCCAAGGGUCUAAAUUAAACAAGGGAUUUGCAGCUUUCCUAUUAAUAAAGUCCGUAACACUUGGGAAACCGGGGCCUCUCUCCCUAGCUGGUGAGACAGGACAGGAUGUCAUUUGUCUACCUGCUAGUGGAGAGAGAACAAGCACAGGCUGGGCUUUGGCUGAUUGAUACCACUAAGGCUUGUAACAGUCCCUGAGUCCAAGGGCAUUUUUUCUUAUAAACAGCCAGUCCUCUCCAGGGUAAGUAGAGCUAAGUAGAGCUAUGAUUUGAAGUCAGAGAGCUUUUCCGCAACAAAUGAAACUCAACAAAGUCUUAUGUGAUGUAGCUUUGUUUGGAUAUUUUAUGACAACCUUUGUGCUGUGUACAGUUCUCUUUCAGGCCGACUGUUAUUUUCUUAUCAUAGUUUUAUUUAGCUUUGAUAUACGCAGAUAAUAUCUGUGGCCCACUCAGUAAAUCACAAAGAAUGUCUUAAUAUUCUGCCAUUUGUAUGUGCCUUUUUUCUUUUAUAAAACAUUGUAAAUCCUGGUAAAAUUUUAACUGUCACAUCAUAAAUAUUUUUCAACAA